AUGUGCCACUUUCAGGUCUCCUCACACUGCUGGUGUGUUGAAUUUUUUUGACAUAGGGUGCUGGCAGAUUACGGGCCUCCCAUAGCUGCUGCCAGGCCCCUAAUCUGCCAUGGGCCCCUAUAUACCGCCUCCUCAUGCUGCUGCCAAGUCCAGAGUCUCUCAUGGGUCCCUGUACGGCCUCCCAUUGCUGCUGUCUCCAUCGCCACACUCUGCCAUGUGCCACUUUCAGGUCUCCUCACACUCCUGCUGGUUUCCAUUUUGUCAUAGGUUGCUGUAUGGCCUCCCAUUGCUGCUGCCUCCACCGCCACACUGUGGCUCCAAACACUGGUUUUGGCCCCGUGACUGCCCAAAUGAGUGAAGUGUGCGAUGAUUCUAAGAUCGACGGCACUCAUCUGCAUGUCAUACUG